AUGAAGUUUGAAGAGGAUAGUGGUGAGUGGUGGAUUUCGGUUUUGAGCAGAAUUUUAUAUUUAUGGGAGUUUGGGGGGCGGGGAUGGGAUGAAUUUGAACACUUUUGGUUAACUGUCUUGUGGCUUUUUGAUACAAUUUUCUUUCCCUAUUUUUGUGCAAGGUUGCAACAGGUUGGAAAGCAGCAUUUGGACUGGGACUGGUUUAUGGAGCAGGGUCUACGCAACAAUAACAGGGUUUUAGACAGUAGGAUUUGGACUGGUACAAGUAGCAUUCCAAGGUUGUUUUGGUGGUUUGUGGACAGGUUUGUUUUAUGUAGAUUUUGGCUUGUUGUAGCAGGCUAUUUUGGCACAGGUUAUGGCACAGAUUUUGGACUGGUUUGUGGGGCUUUGUAG